ACCAUUUUCCCUCUCCUUUUGAAACAAAUAAAAUGGUCCAUCUUCUCCUUUCUUCCUUACCUCUCUCUCUCUCUCUCUCUCUCCCUCUCGUCAAUUUCAAGAACUCGUGAGGUGACCGCAGAUAUCCUCUAACUAAUCUUUGAAACUCAACCAAAAGAAGAAGAACAAAAAUUCUACAAAAAAGGAUUUAAGAUGCAACCCACGAGCUCAAUGAAGGAAGAAUUCCUAAAGAAAUGGCAAAUGGGCCUUCAGAUAUACCGUCCUUUGAUAGACAACACCAGUGUCUCCGAGAGAAGGAAAGCGAUAAAGCUCUCUGCAGACGUUGCAAUGGCAUCUCUAAGGAAAGGAACAACUUGUUGGAGCCGAGCCCUAAUCCAGAAAACCGCCACCGAGGACAAUUUCCUCGUACGUCAGAUGCUCUCUGGUAUAAAAGCGGAAACGUUAAUCAACAAGAAGUUGCCUAAGGUUAUGUGUCACAGAAAGAUAGUGAGAAGAAGCAAGAUGAUCUUGAGGAGGAGGCAAUCUAGAUCAGCAAUCGAAGAGGUCGCAGCAAAAGCUAGGAAGCUCAUCAAGAAAAAGACUCAAGGAUUAAGAAACGUUGUCCCCGGUGGAGAGUUUAUGAGCAAUGACGUCUUGCUUAUACAAGAAACCUUAGAUUACAUUGUCUCGCUUCAGACACAAGUGAAUGUCAUGAGGAGUAUUGUUGAUGCUGCUGAGGCCGGAAGUGAACGGUAAAUGUUUUUGUUUGUUUUUGUGGAGAUAAUUUGUGAAAGCAUGUUACUGAUCGGAUGAGAUCAUUGCUGGUUGAUAGGACCGCGUAUUAUUUGGGGAAACUGAAAUUUGCGAUCGAGGAUGGAUAGAAUUUUAUAGUAAGUCGUAUUGUACAAAACAGAAUUUAUACACGCUUAUGUGAAUUUUUCUAUUUACUUAAUGGCGAUUUUAAUUGAAACAUUUUGCUAGCAUGCUUUUUAUUGUUUGUGUAUAGUUAUGGUUGUCGUUCGAUUGCA